ACUUUUCUUACUUGGAAGAUGGGAAACUUGAGAGUUUCAUCAAUGCUUUUGCUUUCUCUCAUUGCUGCUACUUUUGCCAAUAAUUUCCAUCAAGAUGUGCAGGUAACAUGGGGCGGCCGCCAUGCUCGAAUACUCGGUCGAGGCAAUCUUCUAACCCUUAGCAUGGACAAAACUUCCGGAGGCUCUGGUUUCAAGUCCAGGAGAGACUACCUCUUCGGAAGGUUCAACGUGAACAUGAAGCUCAUAGCUGGUAACUCUGCCGGCACCGUCACCACCUUCUACUUAUCUUCUGAAGGCCCGUCUCACGAUGAGAUCGAUCUUGAGUUCUUGGGUAACAAAAGCGGCUCUCCUUACACUCUUCAUACCAACGUUUUCACUCAAGGACAAGGGGGAAGGGAGGAAGGGUUCCACCUCUGGUUCGACCCAACAAAACGUUUCCACACAUAUUCUAUCGUAUGGAAUCCUCGAAACAUCAUAAUCUUGGUGGAUAACAUUCCGAUAAGGGUGUUUAGCAACGAAAAGUCCAUCGGAGUUCCGUACCCCAAUAAGCAGCGGAUGAAGGUGUACGCCAGCUUGUGGGACGCCGAUGAUUGGGCGACCAGAGGCGGGAGAGUGAAAACCGAUUGGUCCAAGGCUCCUUUCGUUGCUUAUUACAGAAACUUCGUUGCUAAAAGUGAAUGGGGCAUCCAAGGGCUUAACGCUCGGGGCAUAAAACAGCUGAGUUGGGUGCGUAAACGUUACAGAAUUUACUACUAUUGCAAUGAUCUGAAACGGAAACAGCAUCGCGGUAAUGGUGGUCGUCGGCCACCAGAGUGCAAGGCGUCCAUCGGUGGCCAUGCAGUAGUGGAGGAGAGUACUUAAUGUUUGAAAGAUAUUUAAGUCCGUAUCUACGACGGCAAUAUAUAUCAAAUGCCAAUGUCAACCUUUAGUUGUAGUUGGUUUUAGGGUAUUAGUCUUUAUCAUCGCUAGAUUGCCAUGUCAAUCAUGUGACCUU